AGUUAGAAAAUAACGAAAAUAAUUUUCAAAAACGUAUAACGCUCAGUGCUUCAAAGAUAUAUUUUGCGUUUGAUUUUAUUAUUUAUUUUAGGAUUACUUACGCAAUUAUUUACGAAACAAAAAUGGCAUUGCCGGAUGGACUUGCAAAUAGCAUGAAGAAAUUUCAAGCUCAUAACGAUCUUCCAGUUUUCUUAAAGGGAGGACCAGUAGACAAAGUAUUGUUUGGUUUGACGGUUGGGCUUUGCGGCAUAGGACUUGCAGGCAUAGUCCAAAUGAUCUAUGCAUUGGGUUUCAAGAAGAAGUCGGCUUAAAUAAAUUUAGAAAGGACUAGUUAAAUAAACAAUUAAAUUAAUCAAAA